CACUUUCUAUGUUUGAACGUUGUUUAUCCAAAUGUUCUGAAGAUACUGUAAGUAAAUAAAUAAAUAAUUUAAUACUUAGAAAAAGCCAAAUUCCGUAUUAAAAUAUUACACAAUGAAUGAUCUAAGCUCGUAUAGAGAUCAACACUUCAAAGGUUCUAGAAGUGAACUCGAUAAACUGUUACGCUUGUCGUUAACCAUGUAUGUCGGCAACUUAGCGUUUUAUACUACAGAAGGGCAAAUAUAUGAGUUAUUUUCCAAGUGUGGUGAUAUUAAACGCAUUGUCAUGGGUCUAGACAAAUUUAAAAAAACUCCUUGCGGUUUUUGCUUCAUUGAAUAUUACACAAGAGAAGACGCCGAAAACUGUAUGCGUUACAUAAAUGGUACUCGACUUGAUGACCGCAUUAUACGUACGGAUUGGGAUGCUGGAUUUGUGGAAGGAAGACAGUAUGGUCGAGGAAAAACUGGAGGACAAGUCCGUGAUGAAUACAGAACUGAUUAUGAUAUUGGACGGGGCGGAUACGGAAAAAAUGCUCAACCUAAAGCAGACAUGAUAAUAUUCGGAAGAAAUAAAGAUGCAUUACCAAUGGAAUAACUUAAUUCUACUAAAUAAUUGUCUUUUUAUAAAUUUUUUUUUUUUUUCUAAGUAAAUGUAAUUUUUCUGCGAAAUGAAUGUAAAUA